ACCAUUUUUGCGCCAAUUCUUUGUUUUUUUUUUUUUUUUCUUUCCAACAAUGGAACCCUUUCUUCUCGUUUGACCAAUUAACCUCUCUUCCUGCAUUUUGCAGCCUCUCUUCAAUUCUCUUUCAAACAAAUCAUAAAAAAUUCAAUUUCAUUUUUCAUGCAUAUCAUGGAGAUUGAUACAAUUCCAAUUGAUUCUUGCUCGAAAGAGAAUCUUACAAUUUAUCAAGAGUGGUUCAAUUAUGCAGAUUCAGAUGGUGAUGGUCGAUUUACCGGGAAUGAAGCCACCAAGUUUUUCGAAAUGUCGCACUUGUCUCGACAAGACCUUAAGCAGGUGUGGGCUAUUGCAGAUUCAAAGCGAGAAGGAUAUCUCGGUUUCAAAGAAUUUGUCAUUUCUAUGCAGCUUGUUUCUUUGGGACAAUCUGGCUACUCAAUAACACAUGAUCUUCUAACUAGUGAUAUUUUGAGAAAUGCUAAACCACCAACAAUGGAAGGUUUGGAUGCAUUAGUUGCAAAGAAAAAGCGGAAACAUAAAGAUAAAGAUAGGGCUGUCAGUCCUCUGCCAUCGCCGUCGAGUAAGUGGUUUUCUGCAAAGUCUUCAAAAAAGGUGUCUGCUAACUCGGUGACAUCAAUUAUUGAUGGUUUGAAGAAACUUUACAUUCAAAAGUUGAAGCCUUUAGAAGUUGCUUACAAAUUCAACGAUUUCGUAUCUCCUUUACUCACAAAUAGUGAUUUUGAUGCCAAACCUAUGGUUAUGCUUUUGGGUCAGUACUCAACUGGGAAAACAACUUUUAUUAAACAUAUGCUUCAAAGUAGUUAUCCAGGAGCUCAUAUUGGACCUGAACCAACAACCGAUAGGUUUGUUGUUGUCAUGCAUGGACCUGAUGAGAGAAGUAUUCCUGGUAAUACUGUUGCAGUACAAGCAGACAUGCCAUUUAAUGGUCUUACAACUUUUGGCACGUCGUUUUUGUCCAAAUUUGAGUGUUCUCAAAUGCCUCAUCCUCUACUUGAGCAUAUUACAUUUGUGGACACUCCGGGAGUUCUAUCAGGAGAAAAGCAACGAACACAAAGAUCAUAUGAUUUUACGGGUGUAACAUCUUGGUUUGCUGCUAAGUCUGAUUUAAUACUCCUUCUAUUUGAUCCUCACAAACUUGAUAUCAGCGACGAGUUCAAACGUGUGAUAUCAUCCCUACAUGGGCAUGAUGAUAAAAUUCGAGUGGUUUUGAACAAGGCAGACCAAGUUGAUACUCAACAACUAAUGAGGAUUUAUGGUGCAUUAAUGUGGUCACUUGGGAAAGUGCUCAACGUUCCAGAAGUCAUGCGGGUGUAUAUAGGCUCCUUCAAUGACAAGCCAGUAAGCAAUACUAUCAGUGGUCUACUUGGCAAUGAACUCUUUGAAAGAGAACAAGAAGACCUUCUUACUGAUCUAAAAGAUAUACCAAAGAAGGCUUGUGAUCGAAAAAUCAAUGAAUUUGUAAAACGAGCUCGUGCGGCACAGAUACAUGCAUAUAUUAUCAGUCAUCUAAAGAAGCAAAUGCCUGCAAUGAUGGGAAAAGCUAAAGCUCAACAAAAACUCAUUGAUAACUUGGAGGGGGAAUUUGCAAAGGUACAAAGGGAGUUCCAUUUACCGCCCGGAGACUUUCCAGAUGUUGAACAUUUUAAAGAGGUGUUGAGUGGUUAUAACAUCGACAAAUUUGAGAAACUGAAACCGCAAAAAAUACAAGCCGUGGAUGACAUGCUUGCUCACGAUAUUCCUAAUCUCCUAAAGAGUUUUAGAAAUCCAUAUGGUUAAGUUUGCAAGAGCAAUGACAAGGAUAAAAUCAUUCAUGCAUGCACAAGAUUGUACAUGUUUUUUGAUAUAUAUGUAUGUAUCAUGUGGUGCAUAUAUUGAUAUAAAGACUUCACCAUCAUAGCUUACUUGUUGGGAAGAAAGGGAUUUUUGUUCAUUGAAGAUGUAUUAUCAUCAUUUUACAAUCAAUGAUAUUUUUUUUUCCUUUUCUUUUCUAUAUUAUGAUAAAAUAGACUUUACUAAAGAAGACUUUACAAUUCCUUGGAUCUAUCACUAUUUUAAAGGUCUUCCAUUUUCUCAAUGGUCAAUUGAGAUCUCUUUCAUCUAAUGGUGACCAGAACCUUCAUAUUUACUAAUUACCUAAACUUCCCUAUAUUAGUCCAAACGAUAUGUUUACCAACAUGGCCUAUAUUAGUGCAUAUAUUAGUGUAACAUUUUUGUGUUAAUAUGAGGGGAAAUAGUAAUCUGAAGUUCGGUCCGGAACAGAUAUAAGUAAUAUUUAGUGAAAAUUUGCUCUUCUAUAAUUAGAGAUGAAUGAUAAGAAGCUCGAUAUGAAUGCUUUUUUAAAA